AUGGGUGCACAGCCGGCUUUUUUAUUCUGUGGGCAUCACGCCACGUUGUUGCGGCUCCGGCCAGAACGGCGUGGUGUCAGGUCGGUGGUUGGAAACGGACUGACUGCUGGCCGACCGUCGAGCGGCAGCGGCAGCUGUGUAGACCAUGAUACCCUCUACCCGCUACCCGCUCCGCUACCACAUCUUGACAAAACAUUAGAAGACACAAUAAAAUAG